AUGGCGGCCGCCGCCGCUUCUUCUCCGCAGUCUCAUCUUUCGGCAGCUCUCGCCGCCAGAGGCUGGUGUUUAAAAGAUACUGACCUAAUUCGAGAACUCAUCACCGCAUCAGCCGUGUGCUCAAGCAGAGAUAUAUCUCGGAGUAGUGUGGCUGAGGCUGCUUCAGAAAAUUCAAACAGACGGCUGUUACUAUUGAAGCUCACAGAUGGACACAAUGAAAUAACUGCUAUAGAGUACUCACAUGUGCCGUCAUUUCCUGAUGAUAUUAGCCCUGGGACAAAGGUCAAGCUGCAGAAUAAAGCUGAAAUGCGCAGUGGUAUUUUGUGUUUGAACAAAAAUGUAAUUACUGUUUUAGGCGGCGUUGUUCAGUCUCUUUACGAAGAAUGGCAGUUAAAGCGCAAGUACAUGAAUGUUUCUCGCUACAAGCUCAGGCCAUCACAAGAAAAUGCAUCUAGCUAUCCUCCACCAUUCGAAAAGCUCCAAGUUCGAACCGGACGAGGCCCUUCAUCUACUUCAUACACUCCAUCUUCUGAAGCGACAUCCUCAAAUGAUCAUCGGCAAAGUCUCGCUGCAAGAGGCGAGUGCUCCAAUUUGCGCCAGAAUGUCCAGCUCCAGAAAAAUAAUGAAACUAAAGAUGGUUUAACUGAUGGAGCAAAGCUGCUUCACUCAAAUGAAGGAAAUCCCGAGAAGGAAACUUCCUCAGAAAGACCAAAAGUAGUGGCAUCUGUACCUGUUCAAAAUCAAGUAGCGGCUCAGAAACUUCUCCAGAAAACAAGUCAGCCUAGUUUUGGUGAUCGCAAUUCUAGAUUUCAGAGGCGUAGGGGAAAGGAUACAGAAGAUGACUCAUCUUUGCUCACCCUUGAUGAGUGGGAAAGGAGGAAAACAGGAGGCAAUCUUCAGACAACACAUGAGCACCACCACUACACUGAAGAUGAGGAGCUUGCAAGACAGCUGCAGGAGCAAUUUGAUUUGGAGGAAAAUCAUGUACAAAAUGAUCCUCAUAUGAUGGAUGCUAAAAGUAUAAAGAUGAGCAUGUUCAGUUUCGAAAGAGAUGAUGCUGGAGCUUCCGGUCGAACUGAAUUCAGGGGAAGAGGGAGAGGAAGAGGUAGAGGACGAGGGAGAGGAAGGGGAAGGAGAUACUGAAGCACUGGUAAAGUUCAAUCUGAAUUCAUUGUUCAAUUUCUUUACCUUUCUACUUAGUAGUUGUCCUUGACUGUG